UGCAGAUCGGAGCAGCAAAGAGCAGAAAGAACAUCUCUCGUGUUUGAUACUUUAUAAUUUUGUGCAUAGGACUUCUCUGGGAUUUUAAACCUUCUCUUUGCGUUGGCCUCUUUCUCCAGUUGACACACCUUAGACCAGCUCUUUGGCAGAAAGGUCAGGCGGCAUCUGUUUAGCUCUGACUGCAGCUUUAGGAUCACCCUUACCUAUACUUACCCUGGUUGAAAUCUGCCUACGGCCAUGACAACCAAAUCCAAUAGUGGUAUUCUGGGUGGCAAGGCUUCCUCCUCUCCUCUUUUGUCCUCUCAAACUCACCAACGCUUGGUGACCAAAGAUGGACACUGUGCACUGCGUCCUCCUCUGUACCUAUCAGGCUCAUGGAGCAGAGCCCUGGGCAGAGCCUGGCUGCUGGCCCUGCAGGACGUAUGGGGACUGUUAGUUGGUCUGCGUUGGAGAUGGGUCCUCCUGGCCUUCUGUGCUUCCUUUUUGGCCCACUGGCUGUUGUUUGCCUGUCUGUGGUACUUGCUGGCACAUCUCAAUGGAGACCUGGCUGUGCAGGAUCAUGAUGCCCCCCCACAAGGGCAUGUGGUCUGUGUGAAACACAUAACGAGCUUCACUGCUGCCUUUUCAUUCUCACUGGAGACACAACUGACCAUUGGUUAUGGCACCAUGUUCCCAAGUGGAGACUGUCCCAGUGCCAUAGCUCUGCUGGCUGUCCAGAUGCUGCUGGGGCUGAUGCUGGAAGCAUUCAUCACAGGUGCAUUUGUCGCCAAGAUUGCACGUCCCCAGAAGCGAGCAGGAGCAAUCCAGUUCAGUCCCCAUGCAGUGGUGGGCCAGCAUCAAGGUCAAACGUGCCUCAUGCUACGAGCCACCAAUCUGCUGCAUCGACCCCUGGUAGAUGUGAAGGUGAGUGCUGUUCUGUAUGAGGAGAAUGAAGGUCAGGCUCUGCAUCAGACCUCUCUGGACUUCCACUUGGACCAUUUGGGGCAGCACCCAUGCCCCUUCUUCAUUUUUCCGCUCACCUUUUACCACCCCCUGGACCGCCAGAGUCCGCUCUACCCUGCCUUGUGUGAGAGCGCAUCCAACCACUUUGAGUUGGUAGUCUUCCUGUCAGCCUUCCAGGAAGGCACUGGAGACUCCUGCCAGAAGAGGACCUCUUACCUACGUCAAGAAAUUCAAUUUGACCGCUGUUUUGUCCCCGCUUUGGGGCUGGAUGCUCAGGGAAGAUACAUGGUGAGCACCCAGCACUUUGACACAGCCCACUCUAAAGAGCCUUUGAAUAAGGACUGUGUGGUUCAGAUCAACGGUGAUGGCAGUGACAGGAUGGAGUAAGGAUGCUCAAGGGAACAGAUUAAAAUUUCAGAAGAAUAAUUGUGGAUUGUAACAAUGCAGAGAUAUUUUUUCUGAAUGUCUUUGGUGUAAUGCGAUGAAUCUGAAUUUGUUUUUGAACAUUCAAGACUUUUACAGCUAUUACGAUGAAACUGCUAUGAACACAUAAGAGUUUACACAGAACAUGUCACAUAGAGAUUUAAUUGAAUUUAAACACUUUGCAUGCUCAUCUCUGGGCAUAGUGUCUUGCCACUAAAAACACAGUUUGAUAUGCAUUCUACUAAAACUGAUUAAAACUAAAACAUACUAUUGAAGAAUAGGAAUUACAUUAAAAUUAAACAUUAUAUCUGGUCCAAAUACCAAUGUACCAUUGUUCAAAUGUAUGCUGUCACAAGUAUCUGACUGAGGAUUAUAGGGUAGUGGGGCUAGGAAAGUGUCUGUUCUGGUGGCUAUAGACAGGGAUAAGGAUGAUUAGAUAUCACUGUGUUGGAGCAGGGAUCCAUUAUUCCUUUUCUUAAAAACCAGAAGCAGUGUAUUUUAUUACAGUAGGAUUCUCCACAAGGUGGCAUGGAAGUGCAGUCAUCAGUGGGAAUAUUCUGUGUUUGAACCCAGCCAGAUGAGGCCCAUUUAUAUGGAGCAUGCAUGUUAUGUGAGGGAUUCACCUGAGUGCCCCCCUCAAUUAAUUGGUGACUACCUUAAGUGUAUCUGAGUGACUGGCCACCUGGUUCUUCACCAACAUCAGCUGGGAUUUGCCCCACUCCAAAGCAAGAGAACACUGAAUCUACAGCUUGGAUAGUGGUCUGCACAGUAAUGCCAGCAUGCUAAUAUGACAACUUCUGAAUCCAUAAGGUGAUUUACUGAAAGUAUUUUGGAGCAAAGUCUUAAAGUGUAGAUUUUUAAAGUGAGCCAUUUAAAAUUAGACUGACAUGCAUGACGUAUGGUUCAUUAGUGACUGACAGAAUGAUUUUGACUGCUGAUUGAUGUGUAGAUUCAUUGCUUUAUUUACAAAAAUCACUGCCUAUCAAAUCAUCAUCCAAAGCAAUACAUAAAGAAAUAAAAACUAAUAAAAAUGAAUGUAUGAUGUUCAAUUUGUCCAGUAAUAAAUAUCGAUAAAUUUAGCAAAUGAAGCUAGGUGCUAGGAAGAGUAGUAAAUGUGUGUUGUAUUUGGAUUUAUUGAUAGGAUGGGAAUCAUAGUGUCGCCUAGAUGUUUGAAAAGUGAGCUAAUGUUCCACAAAAUGUGAUGUGAAGGAGGAGAUCCCAAUGUAUCUCACAUGUACAGUGUAAAUUAUAUGAAAUAAAUAUUUUCUAAACAAA